AUGAAGUCAGAUCCCAAUCGAAGGAAUCAAAGUAAGUAUUGCAAGUUCCACGGUGACGUCGGCCACAACACCAACGAGUGCGCCGACCUAAAUGAUGAAAUCGAAAGGUUAAUCCAUGAAGGAAGGCUGCGAGAGUUCAAGGCUAAAAGGCGAGGCCAUGACCCCAGGAAUGACGGUCGAAGCUGGGAGGACAAUCGGCGGGGAGAAGACCGCGAACUAAUCGAUGUCAUAAGAACCAUACAUGGAGGACCGUACCUCGGGGGGGAUUCGAGGAGAUCCCAGAAAAGUUACGCCCACGAGGCAAGACAGGUGUACCAGGAGAGGUUCUGGAACCUCUCGACCACCAAAUCAGCCAAGACGACAAAAUUCGAUAGUGUUGAAGUAGCUUUCACCGAGGAGGAUGCAAAUGGUGUCCAUUUCCCACAUAACGAUGCCUUGGUAGUGGAGGCAGUAAUUAGAAACCACACCGUGUGCAUGAUCCUGGUAGACAAUGGAAGCUCGGUGGACAUCUUAUACUCUGAUUGCCUGGAAAAAAUGGGGAUCCCAAAGGAGCAAUUGGAGAAAACGUCUCUGCCAUUAUUCGGGUUCACAAGGGACUCAGUUAUCCCCGAAGGAAUGAUUUGGCUACCCAUCACCGCGAGAGAAAAGCCUAGGCAAGCAACCAUGAUGGCAAACUUUUUGGUGAUAAAGGGGGGCUCACAGUAUAACGCCGUAAUUGGGAGGCUGACCCUUCAGGCACUAAGGGCGAUAACCUCCAUCUAUCACCAAAAGGUUAAGUUUCCAACCCCCAAUGGCAUAGGCAAGAUGAAGAUCAAUCAGUACGAAUCCAGGAUUGCAUACACAGAUGCCCUACACGGGUACGAUCAACCAAGGAGACAGGAAGCUAUGAUGGUACACCAAGGUGCGGUCGAGGACAUAGAUCCUAGAGUCACGGAGGAAACCUGGUCCUAA